UGUUGUGGCCUCUUACUCGGCGGCCUCAGCUGGCAUUAUUGUCUCCCGGCAGUCAGUGGGGAGGUCGACAUGAUUCAUUUGAGCACCACUGAAUUCAAGAAUGGAGGCCGCCACUUAAUGGUCUGGCUGCGAGGGGGCGGGGCGGGGGUCGGGGGGCGGAGUCAGCGGCGGGCCGGCCCCAAUGGGCGGCGGACCGGGGUGGGAGGCAGGCCGUGGGCGGAGCCUGGACAGACGACAUUUAGUGAGGUGAGUGUGUGGCUGAAGCAUCAGUCUGCCAGUGACAGGUGAGGCCGUCUAGCUCGCCAUGAUUCACGCCACGGGAAUUCCCUUCUUCAACCCGCUGCUCAGCAUGGGCGGCAUGCCCUUCCCCUGGGCACUCCCCACGCAGGGCUCGCCGCCCAGCUCGCCGCCCUCCUCGCCGCUCUCCGGCACCAGCGUGUGGCACCGACCCCAGACAGCCCGCGCCGCCUCCUUCACCAUUGACGCCAUCCUCGGCCGCCGCCAGCAGGAGGCGGAACAGGCGGGGCGCUCCCUGGCCCUGCGGCGAGAGGAACGCCAGACCCGCCCGGCACCUUAUCCAGCAGUGGUCGGCGAGCAGCAGAAGGCGGGCGGCGGCGGGCACGGCGGCGGCGGUAGCCAGGGCGCCUCGGCCAAGGCUAAAGUGAAGCGAGUGCGGACCAUCUUCACGGCAGAACAGCUGGAGAGGCUGGAGGCGGAGUUCGCCCGCCAGCAGUACAUGGUGGGGCCGGAGCGGCUGUACCUGGCGGCAGCGCUCAGUCUGACCGAGGCCCAAGUCAAGGUGUGGUUCCAGAACAGACGCAUCAAGUGGCGCAAGCAGUACAUGGAGCAGCAGCACGCCAAGCUGGCGGGCUCCCACGAGGCCGCCGCCGAGGACUCCCUCUCCCCGACAGACGGCACCUCCUCGCCGCCCCCAGAGGCACCCGCAUCUCCCGCCUCCCCCGCCAGUCCAGGGGACGCGUCGGACGACCACCACGAGCCCCAGCAGCAGCAGCAGCAGCAGCAACAGCCACAACAACAGCAGCAGCAACAGACGGAGCGACAAAACAGCAGCCUGACACCGCUGGCCGCCGCGUCCUCGUACCCAAGCUACCUCGCGGCGACGCUGUCGGCGGCGUACGCGGACCAGCAGAACGAGCCCGCUGACCUAACCACCUGCGGAGGCCGAGCCAAGUGAGGCGGGGCACGGGACGCCCCUUCAUCUUGACUGUGACAGUUUGGACGUGUGACCGCGCCGCGCCGCGCCCGAUGAGCGGCGGUGACGGAGGUGACCGCGGCGGCGGCGGCGGCGGUGACGAAAACUUUCCCGCGCCAAGUCUAAGGGCGAGGCUGCCGGCACCCCGCCCCCUGCCAUCCUCAGGUGGCCCCGGAUCCCUGCGUUGUGGUGACCCACGCCUGGUGUCCCUCCCGUGGUUGGCGAGCCGCCUCGCUGUGUACAUAUGUAUGUAUGUAUGUAUGUAUGUAUGUAUCGUUGGCAGACUGUGUCUGUGUGUGUGAGUAGCUCCCUGUCCCCGAGUUCCUCUGCGAUAGAAGGUUAUCUAGUCUUUGUAAUAAAAAUAUCAAGAUAACGAUGUGUUUG